AGUCUAUGGUCUUCCUGUUGGACGACGACAGGCAACGAGCUCGCGUUCUCACAAAUCGCUGAUUGGAUUUCGUGCGAUUUUGAUUGACGGACGGGAUUUUUAUAAAAAAGCGAAAACUUUUACAUCGGUAAAAUAUUUUCUUCAUUAAUGAAAAUUACGUGUUGUAAAAUAACUACUUUCACCGGAUACAUCGAUAAUUAGAUUACGAAGAAGGGGGCUUGUAAAAUUACCCCACAAAUUCGAAAUUUCUGAUACAAUGUCCCCGUGUGUAUGGUCAGUUACCGAUAUAUUUGUGUGAUGUACUGUGCUCGUUUAAGUGACAAAGCAAAAGCGUCGGCUCCCAUUCGAGACUAUUAUCCUAUUCGUGAUUACGUUGGGCCGGGAACGGGCCAGCGGGCUUAGUUGCCGCGGGGACUCCAAAGCGGCAAAUACGGAGGCGCAGAUCCUGCACCGCAUCAUUUAUCGUCAGGAUUGCGAUUUGAAGAUGGUGCAGCAGGAUUUGACUUAGGUGUGGGCCGCUGUCGUAUGGACAAGCGAUUAGGAAUGGCUCGAGGCGGCUCCGUGUGAGCUGUGGACACUGACGGACAGUGUAGUGUUGUGUGGUGUCUAGUCACAGUGAGUGCGUGUGUUGAGUGACGGUGGAGCCGGGAUGCCCUCCGCAAUGUUGUCGGCAGUGCUUGAAGAGGAACCCGACCUGUAUGAGGCGUUCCCACCUCAUGUUGACCCCACUGGCAUCACCAUUCUCACUGAUAGCCCACCAGGCAAGAAAGCGCCCCUCAAGACCUUCGAAGAGAUACAACCCCUGAUCCAGCAAGCCCGCAAGCGCGAACUCAAGAUACUCAUCAGAGAGAACUCCUGGCCCAUCAACAGCCCCGUGCGCGCCGCUCUCUGGCCCGCGCUGUGCAGGCAGCACCAACAUGGAAAGUCUAUGCUCGACGGAUUCUACUGGGACAUGGUUACACAGGUUUUCGGCACAGUGGAGCUGCCCGACAAGCCGAUCAUGCUGCCUCCGUUCGUGGAGGCGACCCACUGCCUCGGGUACCACCUGACCCGCAAGGGGCGUGCGGUGGCCGACCGCGUGGUGUCCGUGCUGGGCUAUGCGUGUCCCGACAUCACGUACAGCCCCAGCUUGUACCCGAUCACCGCCGCGCUCCUGCACUUCAUGCCUGAGGAGGAGUGCUACCACUGCAUGGCCAGCCUGGUCGCGUCCAAGGAGAAGAUGUUCAUCACGCAGACGAAGCUGCUCAACGAGGUCACGUGGAAGACGGUGAUGCAGAUCGCCAAGAAACAUGCCAAGUCGGCGGCACAGCACCUGUCACGACUGUCGGGGGCGAUCGGUCCCGAGCGCAUCUACGCCGACUGGCAGUGGUGGAUCCUGGCUGCGCUGCCCUUCCCGCACCUCGUACGCGUCCUAGACUGCUUCUUCCACGAGGGCAUCAAGGUGUUCUACAGGGUGGCAUUAGCGAUACUGAUCCUCUUCAACAAGCACUCGACGAACCAGAACUCGGAGUGGUACGCGGAGGCGACCAAGAACGGCGUCGACCACGCCAUCGACAAGUUCUGCAGGAACAUGCCAGCGUCUCCCACCAAGCUGUUGAGGACGGCUUUCAGCAUCAGAGCUCUAAGUUCACAGUACAUAUCCAGGGUGUUCAUUAAGACCGAGAUGACCCUCAAGUCGAAGCAAGUGAUCACCGGCUCCCGGCUCGUCCGAUCCAGGUCGUCUGAUAACCUUCCCACCAGCCAGUCGCAGGUCAACAUCCAGAUGAUGUCGCACACACUCACGAUACGAGAGGGCUCACAUUCGCCGGGCCCGCGCGCCCUGUCGAUGGGCGUAUAUCCUAUCCAAGCGCUCAAGUCCCAGAUACUUGACCAAAGUGAACUGUUCACUCUUUGGUCGUGGCUCCCGGUUCGCAUCACGAUGUAUCAGCCAGUGCUGCUGUAUACCACUGAAGAGCACGGCUGUUCGCUGACUACCUUCUACGUGCGUGUGGAACAUCAUGAGCCCACGCUGCUGAUGAUCAAGACUUGCAACAACGAGGUGUUCGGAGCAUAUUGUUCGACGCGGUGGUUCGAACGAAACCAGAAAGACGAGCGCGGCAACCGGCAGGCCUACUUCGGGACCGGCGAGACAUUCCUGUUCAGCCUUUACCCGGAGCGCGCGAAAUAUCCAUGGGUGGGCGUCGCCGCUCCAGACAGUAAGGGCGAAGACACCCGCUUAUCCCACGGCUCCGAACUCUUCAUGGCGGCUGAUUCCAAGAUGAUCACCAUCGGCGGCGGUGACGGGCAAGCGAUCUGGAUGGACGAGAACAUAAGGUUCGGCAAGACUGACCGCUGCUCCACCUUCAACAACCCGCCUCUGUGCCCCAGCGGUGACUUCGAGAUACGAGUGUUGGAGGUAUACGGUUUCUCCGGCGCAUGAGCGUCCACGGAGUGAUAUAAUCUCGAUAUCAACGUGAUUUGAGUGCCACAUCCCUACGGUUGACACCCAUGUGCUUUUUUUAAAAGGCAUUUGCAGUGGAACACCUCCGAUUAAGCCAAAUUUGAAAUCAAUGUGUUCAUUUCUUAUUGCUUUACUGUUUUCUCAAAGAAUUCUAAUCGGAAGACUUUUGUACUUUAUUUAUUGUACCUGGCAACACGAUGUUAGGGAUUAUCUAUGGUUUUACAUAGACGAAGUAUCCCUGUUGCAGAGUUUUGAUUAUAAUUUACAAUGAUGUAAAAUUUACUGAGGAAAUAAGUUCAGAAAUAUGCAAAGAAUACAUUAUUUUGAAUUUUGUUUUUAAACACGAUUAUGGUAUUGACAGUAUUUUCAGUUGAAAAGCCUUUAUUAGGAAAGCAGAUGGGUGAAAAUCGUUUGUAAUCGGGAUGUUGUACUGUUACUUUUGUUACAUGGUGUCAUAUCCCCGAGUGUGAUAAUGUUGUGAUCGGGGCCGCUGCGCGAGCCGGUCGAGACUCCGGAAUAUUCGCCGCCAUUUUCGCGACCUAUCCAAUCCGUGAACAUCGAAAUAAUCAUAUUGUAUUUUUACGAAAUAAACAAAAAAACGCACUCUCCAAGUGUCUUUCUACUUAGCCGAUGCAAUAUUUUUGUUGCAAACUCAUGUAAUUGUAUACUCUCGCGAAAAUUACGUAUGACAGUGAAAACUUUAUUCGAUGUAUUGAUAGUCCCUUGCCGUUAACAGACUGUGUAGUUGUAUUCCUAUAUUUAUUCUACGAAUCGUAAAUCUCUGUGUGUGGCCCCGUAGCUAUCCUAUCGAUGUGAACAUAGCUGUCCUUUUAAGACAACGAAGACGGGGAAAGUAGGUUGUUUCGAUGUAUAUUUACUCGUGUUUAGAUGUCUGAGUGUAAGUACAAAUUGAGUGUAUCGUACCUACUCUUGAUGGAUUUAAUACGCUUAUAUGAAAGCAAUAUGUAUCUGUGGGGCCUAGCCGUGCGGUGAAGUUGUUUCGCCGGCGUCGUGUGAACAUUCCAGUGACUCGGGCCUGCCCGACGCACUCGGUCGCCGCGAAACAUCCAUUACAACCUCUGUUCGUCUCGUUUGGACUCAGAAGGCUGGCGGGUGCGGGCAUAGACUACGCCAUAGACAAUGCGCCUUGUUUCUUUCCGAAAAAAACAAAACGCAUUCAAAAUGGAACAACCAAUAUUGGCACUGUUAAUUGGUCCAAACGUCAGUAUUUCGGUAUCAUAUGAAAUAUCAUUGUCGCUUUUAGAUAUAUAAAUGUAAUAAUAUACUCAAACUGUAAUCACUUGUCGUUGCUCACAAAAAUAUACCAAAGAAAUUAAUUGUAGAGAGCCUUGCUUUUCUGUUCGUAUGUUCGAUCGUUAAGGUUUAUAUCACCGUCGCAUGUUUUGUAUAAGAACUAGAACGCACACGUUUUUUAUCCAUAUUUGUCGAACAUAUCUAACAGGGAGGCAAAUGGGGGUUAUUGGGGAGUCAUUUUUUGUCCAAUAUUUUUAUUUCUUUCCAAAAUAGUUGCUCUUUUAAAGUUUAUUUUUGUCGAUACCUUCACGCCACUUAAUAUCAUUAAUCCGAACAGUCACUCAAAUGUUUAGUGACAAAAUCGAGGUAUUUGACAUGAAUAAACUUUAAAAGUAGGUAAUCGAUUGACUGAUUGACUUUCUUCAUUAAUCCCCUCUAAAAAGGCGGCUGCACACGUACGGUAAACUGGUGUAUUUUCUACGUUUACUCAACGCAAUUAUUAGAACUUAUAUCAACCGAUUGUCGCCCAGAUAAGUCAACGUAGCUGAACCUUAGUAGCCUGCGUGCGCGCCGUCUUUGUAAUAUGUCGGUGAUUAUAACACUGCCAUUUGCAGUUCAUAGUAUUAUUUAACGCGUAUUCGAAGGUUAUGUGCCAAAAUUGGACCUAUAUUAUUGGAUAUAAAUUGGUUGGUAUGGCCUGUCUAAAGUAUUGCAAUUUCAUUUUUUUAUAACUUUUAAUUUUAAAUUUAAUUUUACGUACACGCACAUUGUGUAUUAUUAAUUUACAUCAAAAAUUUGACGAAGCGGUAGUGGAUGAAUUUUUUUGAGGAUUAUGAUUGGCUAUUUAUGUAUAGAAUGGCAAAACGAGUGUUAUGUAAUUUAGGCGUUCGCAAUGCAAAUUAUCGAUACAAAGUCACAACUUUUACAAGAUACAUAUCCCUGUUGGUACAAAGGGGUCGACCUGCGUUCAUAUCACCCGCGGCUUAUUCUGCCUACUUUUAUUAUUAUUUUGUUUUGUAAAUAUUUGAGUUAGGUCGCUGCGCGCUGCAUCGCGCCGUCGCGUCGGUCCAGUGCGCAUCGACGUUUGAAUGUAGUGAAAAUGGGAUUUGUCAUGGUACUACAAACAAUAUGUUUAUCAAAAGCCUAAGACUUGUUUUAAAUUCAGAUAAUUUAUGUAAUUUAUUGAGUAGGUAACAUGUAAUAUUUUAUGUACGUUAACUAGCGUCUUUGUGCGGGCGGAGGGAAGACUAUCGCCCGAUGCGUUAAUUGACUAUUAUGUAUUAUUAAGGCGGUUGUGUUUGCCAACCGCGUGUGACGUGGCAUCGGCGUUCGUUAGCUUAGUUCCGUCCGCCGUCCGCAGAGCGGCGCCACUCGCGAUAUGUUGCUGUUAGCCAAUUCGUCGUUGAUCAGUGUAAAGUCUAGUCUUUAUCCUGUUUUUUUAUCUCUAACGAUAUAAUUAUAUCUAAAUAUUUACGAAUCGAUAUUUAAAAUAAAAUGUGCGAUUUAGUUCCGCUCAAGGAACAAGUAGGCUCGUGGUUAGUUAGUGUAUAAGUACAUUUAAUGUAAAAUAAUACAGUUAUUAAUCUCCAUUCUCCCUUUCAGUAUUUGUGGUGUAUGUUUUUUUAUGUGAGAGCAUAUGGAGCGCGAGCUUUGUUUUGUUACAGUGUACUGUUACAUUCGAGUAGGUUUAGGCCGCCGCAGUGGCGGUGCAACUCGUUUAUGGUAAUGUAAAUGUUGCUUUAUAAUGUCUACAAAAUAUAUAAUCCUGUAUACAAA